UUCACUUCAGGUAAGAUGAAGAGGAAACAUUAUGGAAAAACAGAACAAGUAAUAAUUCAUGUGUUGUUUGUUUUUUUCCAGGUGUUCGUGACUGCAACAACCAUGAAGGCUGUAGCUCUCAUCCUCGCCCUGGCAGUCAUCACUGGCUGCAACGCCCGUGUGGUGCGCCAGGCCGAUGCCACCCAAAAGAACUGGGAGGAGGGCGUGGAACGCUUCUGGCAGUACAUCUCUGAGCUGAACCAGAAGGCCGAUGGCGUGGUGCAGACCAUCAAGACCUCUCAGCUCAACAGAGAGCUCGACACCCUGAUCACAGACACCAUGGCUGAGCUGACAGCAUACAAAGACGACAUCCAGGCCAAACUGAGUCCUUAUGCCACCGCCUCCACCGGUCAGCUGACCACCGACCUGCAGCUGCUGGCCAACAGGCUGCAGAAGGACAUGCUGGACGCCAAGGAGCGCAGUACCGAGUACCUGGGUGAGCUGAAGUCCAUGGUGGAGCAGAACUCCGGUGACGUGCGCGGCCGCAUCGGCUCCUACACACACAAGCUGAGGAAACGCCUCACCAAGGACACCGAAGACAUCCGCAACAUUGUGACCACCUACCUGAGCGAGAUACAGUCCCGCACCUCCCAGAAUCUGGACACGGUCCGACAGAACGUGCAGCCCUACGUCCAACAGGCCGGCGACACUGCCUCUCAGAAGCUGACCGACAUCUCCACCAUGCUGCAGAGCCAGGCCGUGGGUCUGGGCCAGCAGCUGGAGAGCCAAGCCGAAGGUCUCAGGACCCAGCUGGAGGCCACCGCCGAGGAGCUUCGCACCUCUCUGGAGGGUAAGAUCGAUGAGCUGACCGAGCUCUUCUCCCCUCUUGCCACUCAGAUCCGUGAAAAGUUCGACACCAUUGUUGAGAAGGUCAAGGAGACCGCCACAGUUUAAAAAGAGACUUUGAAAAGGGUCUGUGAUGUCUCACAACCCUGGAAAAGGAGGAAGUUGAGCGUUACUGAUUCAGUCUUCACUUAUAGCUUUGCUCUUUUUGUAAUCUUUACGUCAACAUUUUGUUGUAAAUACACGAACCCAGUGGGCCAAACAGGGCGAAACCACCAUCAAUGCACCCAAAAUGCAAGUUCUUCAUUUCAAUAAACACUUUUUUUAAAACCAUGGUGGGGGCUCCUAUGAGUCGUUCCGUCAUCUGCCGCUAGUUGCUUGUUAGCAUGUAGCUCUGUCCACCAUGCUGCUGUCUGGUGUGAACAAAAGUGAAUAAAGAAGCCAGAAAACUCUG